AUAAGUAUAAAUACUUGUUGAGCUCUCAUCUACGCCCCUUCCAGCAUGUAGAAACUUGUACACGACAGGUAAAGAAUCUCAGCAAGCGGGAGGACCAGUGCUACUACAUAAUGACCGAUCAGCCAGCCGGGAGAUUCGAAGUCGAUCCCGAGCUGAAGGGGAUAUGGAAGAAAUAUGGCGAACCCAAAUUCUUCUUUCCGAGAGUCGAAGAUAUGGCUGGAUCGCGUCGCCUGCAUGCCAUGGGAAACACGCGAUUCAUGAAGAGCGCAUUUGUCAAAGAGACCUUGGGCAACACCUCGCCACCUCCUUGGACAGAAGAAGACAGACCCAUUGUCGUCCGUGAUGGAAGUUCUAUUAAGGUCCGCAUCUACCGCCCCAGAGAGAACUCUACCGGCCGUCCAGUGAUGGUCGUCGCCCACAGCGGAGGCUGGUGUCUUGGAGGUCUCGAAACGGAAGAGUUUAUCUGCCAACUGUUGUGCCUGAGACUCAAUAUGGUCGUCGUCAACGUGGCUUACCGUUUAUCGCCCGACGUGUCGUAUCCCACGCACGUCUUUGACGUUUACGAUACCAUUAAGUGGGUUGCCGUCAAUGCUCAGAGCAUCGGCGGUGAGCUCUCUAAAGGCUUCCUCACCUGUGGUGUGUCCGCUGGUGGAAAUCUAACAAAUAUGUGUUCAAUCCUGGCAAGAGACGAAGGACUACGACCCAACCUCACAGGUCACGUCUACAUUUGUACCGGCUUCCCACACGAUUACCGGGAUCAGAAUGGCAAUAUAAGUCAACUGUUUCCGGAACAAUUUCAAUCGCCAUCCGGGAGCUGGGAAAUGUACAAAGACGGACCUGUGGCAAAUCGAGCGAUGAACGGAUUCUAUGCAGACUUGGCGAAAUGCGAUGCCUCCUCUCCACUAUUCUCCCCGUUUACUCAGAAAGACUUUUCAGGAUUGGGACCUGUCUACUUCCAGGUCGCAGGAAUGGACUUGUGGAAAGACACUUCACCUUUCUACUGCGACUUGAUCGAACAGGCUGGUGGUAGAACGAAGAUUGAUGUCUACCCUGGCGUGCCACAUCUGUGGUAUUCAAUCUAUCCCCAGCUGUCAAUCAACAAGAAAUGGGCUCGAGAUUUGGUCGACGGUGUCGAAUGGCUGCUCAAGCAGAAAUCAGAAGCUCAAAUCUCUUCGCGACUUUGAUAAAGA